CCUGGAAGGACCCUGCAUGGCUGCGACCCUUGUCAAGUGAAGGAGAACAUGGCUACGAAACAAGGAAAGCUAGUCGAUUAUGCCAGCCUUGGUUUGGGGUGAAUCUUUGAUGGCGGCGUCGUUGUGUGCUGUGUCGCGGCGUUGCCGGCUUGCUGAGGCAUGGAUAUGCUAGCAUGGGAUUCAAUAUGCUGCUCACGGCAGCUCUGCUAUUGCUCUACCUCAGUGCUGCCUGCGAGGCGCAGGGGCAAGGGAUCGAUGAGAGGCCCGCUCUUGUCGGGCGCGCAAAAACCGCAGCUGGAUGGAAAGAGGAGCUGGUCCUUGUCCGACAGGACGAGUGGAUGCAGGAGGGGGGGGGCGUGUUAGGAGAGGGGCGCAGCAGGCAUGAAGCAGGGAGGGCUGCCGACUUGGGGGUUGGCUUCCGGGAGGCUUCUGAAUCUGGACAGGAAUUGGAGCAAAGGGCCAGGGCGAAACAGGGCAGGCCUGUGAGUUGGAGGGAGAAGGAGAUUGGGUUGGUCGAGAAAAGGAACUAUGACGAGCAGUCUCUCGUGGUAGGGGAUGCUUUGAGCUCUCGGCCCGAUGUGCAUUUCUUGGUGGAGGGGUCCUUGCAGGGGGUCCCAGGGGGGGAGUUUGAAGGGCCCGAGGGCAAUGGUGGAGUCUUAUCCAGCAUGCAGUUGGAAAGUGGGGAAAGAUUUGGUCACCCUGUACUAGGUAGGAACCACACCUCCAAGGCGUUUUCAAGAAGCAGGGGGGAGGCACUUGCCGCUGUGGCUGGCAAGUUUCAGGAUGGAACUCAAGAGAGGGAGGCUUCAAAGUCAAAUGCGCGCCAACCUUCAGUCACGACAGCAGGGUUGGAUGACAGCAGGGUUUUGCAGCCACGACGUCACGUUCUGAAUGCCGAGCAGAGCACGGGUUGGGGCGCCUCCGAUGACUCGGUAGCGUCCACGCUUUGGCAUUUACUCCCUCUCACGCAGGGCCGCUCGCAGUGGGAGCGAGGGCCAGCUUUCUCCUGGUCAAACCCCUCAAAGCCGGCCCUGCGUCUCGCCCGUCGAAUCCAUCAACGUCUACAAAGGGCACGCGUUUUAGCAGAGGAGAAUGCAGCUGGCGUUCCUGCCGAGAACACUCUCCAUCGGAGGUAUUCAAAGCUGGAAGGCUUCGCCCCCGGCCCAGCUCCACUGCCGGCACUCGGCACUUCCAGUCCUGCCUCAAACCCAGGGUUUGCUCCAAACCCGGCACCAGCGUCUGCCCCAAUCCCAGGGCCUGCAGCGGGGCCUGCGUUGGCUCCCGCCCCUGCAUCCCUUCCGCCCGCACCUAGUUGUCCUAAUAUCACUAUCCCAGGGUUGACUCCAAGCCCUGACAGGAAGACGGCUUAUAGCGAUGCACUUGCCCUGGCGGCCAUCAAGCUGGUUGCUUCCAAUUUGACGGCGACCAAAAAUUGGAGGGGGGACGAUCCAUGCAACAAUGAUUGGCCCAGAGUUUUGUGUGAACAGCAGGCAGAUGGCCUGCUCUACGUCGUUCAACUGGAUCUCAGUUACAUGUUCCUGGGGGGUGCGAUCGCCCCUGGAAUAUGCCAACUUUCAAAGCUACGCUACUUGUCUCUGGCUGGCAACAACAUCAGUGGAAACCUCCCUGCAUCGCUGGGGGCUAUGCCUCGCCUCCAAGUUUUGCAUCUGUAUGACAACAACCUGACAGGGCCGCUGCCUCCAGAGUUGGGGUGGCUGUCUCAGCUGGAAGAGCUACGGGCUGAGACAAACAGGCUGAAUGGGACGGUGCCUGCUUCGUUGGGGGCGCUUCAAAACCUCGUGCUCCUGUCCCUUUCUCAGAAUCAGCUGUCCGGCCAGAUUCCCCCUUCACUGGGCCGCUCUCAGAAUCUGAUGAUCAUGAGGAUCAACAACAACGGGCUGAUCGGGUCGCUUCCAGCUUCGUUGACUGAUCUCAUCAACCUUCAAGAGUUGGACCUCUCCUUCAACAAUCUGACUGGCCCAAUCUGGCCGUACCUUUUGGGGAAACUGUCUCGAGUCCAGACCCUGAGGCUAAACAACAACAAUCUCACGGGGCCUCUCGACAGCACCGUUGGGGACAUGCGAGCCCUACAGACUUUGGAGCUGAGCAACAACAAGCUUCAGGGGACGCUGCCAACCCGCUUGAGCGAGCUUCACAACCUGCAGUACGUGUCGAUCAGGAACAAUCAACUAACCGGAUCUAUCCCGAAGGAGCUUGGCUACAACAGCAACAUCAACUACCUCAUGCUCAGCAACAACACGCUGAACGGCUACCUGCCAGACGCACUUGGCAACAUUCUGAAUCUUCAGGAGUUGUGGCUUGACGGCAACCAGUUCUCGGGGCCCCUACCUAGUGGGCUGGGCAACCUUGCGCAGCUAAAGAAGAUGCACCUCGAGAACAACUUCUUCACGGGUGCGUUGCCAGACAACUUCAACGGGCUAAGCUACCUCCAAGAACUGUGGCUGGACAACAACGCGCUGUCCGACCCCCUCAACCCGUUGCUAGCCCAGUGCUCGUCCCUCUCCGUGCUGUCCAUGAACAACAACAGUCUGACUGGGAGCCUGCCAGACGAGUACGGGGAUAUCAGCACCCUGACCUACGUUUCGCUCGCCAACAACUCGCUCAUGGGCCCAAUCCCGCUCACGUUUGGCAACCCGACGGGCCUACGUGUGAUUGCUCUGCAGAACAACCAGCUGAACGGGACCAUCCCCCCGACGCUGGGAAAGCUGACGUACCUGCAACAGCUGUGGCUUCAGAACAACAGCCUGGAGGGGGCCAUUCCGGCGCAACUGGGCAACCUGAAGAACGUCGAUCUCAGGCUCGACGGCAACCUCAACAUUUGCGCGUGCGUGGACGCUUUGACGCUGCAUUUCCGGUUCGGGACCAAGCUGCCGUUUGACAGCGCACGGAAAGAGCUGCUGUCGCUGAGCCUCGCGAACGGGCUGGGGAUCCAGCGCCAGCAAGUGAACCUCGUGGGGAAUGUUACGUACAACGGGACGAACGCUUAUAUGACCGUGAACGUACUACCGCUGGGAAACAUGUCGCUCACCGAGGGGCAGAUUCGGGCGAUGGUGCGGGGCCUCAAGUCGCGGUCGGUGGCGCUCCCAGAGUCGAUGCAGGACGUGACGAAGUACGAGGUCGUGGGGGUGGAAGUGCCACCAGACAUAUCUCUGACCGACCCAAAACCCAGCUCGGCCGUCAUAGCGGGCGCCGCGGUCGGCGCAGUCGCCGCGCUCGUUCUCGUCCUCUGUACCGUCUCCUUCUUCCUCCACAACCGGCUGAAACACGCCCGGGAAAAGCGCGCGAGCCUGGAAGAGGGGGGCUCUUUCGACGGCUCGAUCGAGUCGGACGACCAAGAAACGCAGCGACGCCGGUUCAGCACGUUCUUGCUAAAGUGCCUUGCGAAGGCGCCAUGCAAGAACCGGGGGGAACGAUGCAAACGGGGGGGUCGGAGUGGGCGCGCGAGAUGGAUUAUUGGGAGCUUCGGAGGGCGACGAGCAAUUUCGGGCGCUCGCGGCUGAUCGGCGAGGGGGGGUUCGGGAGAGUGUACCGGGCGAGGAUGGACGACGGGUCCGUUUUGGCGGUGAAACGGCUGAACGAAAAGUCGU